AUGGACCCCAAAACCAGUGCCCAGGAUGUGAUGCGAUGUGAACUGUGUGAGACCGCUGUGGUACAAAUGCACUGUGAUACAUGUCUUGUCAACCUGUGUAAGGCAUGUGUGGGUGAACACGCUACAGCUGAUCUUUCAACCCCCCACAAAAUUGUUGACUUUAAGAACAAAAAAUCUACUCCCCUCUACCCUGGAUGUGUAACUCAUGUCAAAGAACGAUGUAAAAUGUUCUGUAAACAAUGUGGCAUUCAUCUUUGCACCAAGUGCCUUUCAUCUGAUCAACAUCUAGGUCACAAAUUAUCGGAAAUAUCGCAAGUUCUGGAUGAAACAAAGGACAACAUCAUCAAGGAACAAACUGAAUUAAAAGGGACAAUUUAUCCAACCUACCAGGAAAUUGCAUCUGAUGUACAAAACAGAAUAAGUCAGUUAGAAAAGGAGUAUGCGGAUCUUUCAACAGCUAUUACACAACAAAGAAAGGACUGGCACAGAAAAAUUGACAAACUUGUCAAUAAACUUGAAGCUGAAGUUGAUAAGACGAAAAACACGCAGUUACAUACUCUACAGAAACAUCUGGAUGAAAUAAAGCAGGGCAUGUCUGAAAUCAGGAAGCAAAUAAAUUUACUUGAGGUUGCUUUGGACUCUCAAGACAUUUCCGUACUUUUCAGUCUUAAAUUCAAUACAGAAGAAUAUAGAAAACUUCCACAAAGAAUCUUACCUUCUGUACCCAUAUUCACACCAGAAAAAUUCGUAGAAGAUGAAGUUUUAAGAUUGUUUGGAGCUUUAUCAGUAGGUUCUCUGACGUCAGAUGCACAUGGCUAUAGUAUAAACAUAACACAGAAAUCACCAGAAGCUGGAUCCUCUCCUUCAGUCAAACAUUUCCUUGAUGAGCCAGAGAUUGUUACCACCAUAGACACUGGGUAUGAAUUCCUUUACAAAGUGGUCUGUCUGAAUGAUGAAGAAAUCUGGAUAAGUAAAGAUUGUGAGUACAUGAGACUCAUCAACAUAAAUGGGAAAUCAGGAUCCAAGACAAUCAAAUCUAAGUCUGGGGACGUGCCAAGGGACAUAGCAGUGACAAAAAGUGGAGAUCUAGUUUAUACUGAUUACAAUGAUAGAACUGUGAACAUUGUGAAGAAUGAGAAGAUAGAGGAGGUGAUCAGACUUCAGAACUGGCUACCUUGCAGUGUCUGUAGUACUUCCUCUGGAGAUUUGCUAGUUAUCUUGAAACAUUGUGAUGAUUACAUACCAUCAAAAGUUGUCCGCUACAAUAAUUCCUCAGAAAUACAAAGCAUUCAGUUUGAUGAUGAAGGUAACCCACUCUAUUCUGAUGCAUCUUGUAUCUACAUAACUGAGAACAGGAACCUGGAUAUCUGUGUGUCUGACUGUGCCACCCAAGCUGUAGUAGUGGUUAAUAAGGCCGGGAAACUGAGAUUCAUAUAUAUUGGACAAAUUCCUGCUCCCAAAAACUUACCAUUCUGUCCACGAGGAAUCAGCACAGACAGUCAGAGUCACAUCCUUACCGCUGAUUCUUACAAUCAAUGUGUCCACAUCCUAGACCAGGAUGGACAGUUUCUCCGUUACAUAAUGUGUGGAUUGUGUGAUCCCAGGGGACUGUGUACAGACACAAAUGAUAAUCUGUUUGUUGCUGAAUUAAUGCCAAGACUUGUGAAGAAAAUAAAAUAUCUGCAGUAA